AUGGGUAAGGCACUGUCUCGAAUCGGCUCAACCUUGUGCGGAGUGGGUGUCACUGUAAUCGCUGGGGAAAAAUACAUCAAGCAUCGUCAACUUGGGGAGGGAGCGUUCAGCUAUGUCGACGAAAUUGAAAACAUCAAGGAUGGAAAGUUCUAUGCCUUGAAAAGAAUAAUCUGCCACGACUCAAAGUCGGAGAAGGAAGCACUUGAUGAAGCUAAAGCUACUCAGAGUUUAUCUUCAAAAAACAUCAUCAAAUGCCGGUCAUUUGAGGUGGUCAAGAAAUCACCGUAUUCCGAAGUUUGGCUGGUACUAGAAUAUUUCGACAAAGGAACGCUUUGGGAUCAUUACCAAAAACUCAAGGGAGAGGGAAAAACGCUCAAGUUCAACGAAAUCGUACGACUCUUCAGAGGCAUCGUCGAAGGAGUCAAUGCAAUCCACGAAGCAGGGAUGGUUCAUCGGGACCUCAAACCGGCGAAUAUCCUCCUGGGAGAGGGAAAUAUUCCAGUCAUAUGCGACCUUGGAAGUCUAGCAGAGGCCACUGUCAAGAUUUCGACAAAGAAGGAGGCGCAAACUCUCGAAGAUCUUGCUUCUGAAAGGUGCACACUCCCUUAUCGAGCACCAGAACUCUUGGCUGUCCCGGUGGGUGAGAGUAUCACUACUGCUACAGAUAUUUGGUCGGUGGGAUGCAUUUUGUACUCGCUGGUUUAUCUCGAAGGUCCUUUUGAUUCCGUUUGGUUGAAAGGUGAUUCUGUUCAUUUGGCCGUUCAAAGCGCUAACUUUGACACAAGGAGACUAGACGAUGUUUCUGGACCGUUGAAAGCGCUGGUAGAGCAAAUGCUCGAUCAGGAUCCAAAAUAUCGCCCUCCAGCUGAUCUGGUUCUUCGCCGACUUGAAGAAAUUGGCUGA